GACAUACCUUCUAUCCUGUUUUAAUUAACUCAUAGGAAUCGAGAGGCGAAGCUUAUGUUAUGCCUAUUCAUAAUUCUGACUUCAAUCCUGUUUCCCACCUCAGCAUCCCAGGCUGCAAUUUUAAAUAGGGAGGCGCUCACUGAGAAGCAAAGAUUUGAAGAUAAGGGAAUUUAGUCAAGAAGAUCUGUGGCCGAAGAACCCAUCAGGAGAAACAGCCAGUGCAAAAGGCCUCGCGGUAAUAAAAAAAUCCAUUUUAACGCUAAGUCUACACCAUGGAUAGCACAGAGGAGAAGAACAAUUACAAAGAUGAUCUUCUGCUUAGGAUGGGACUUAAUGAUAAUAAAGCUGGGAUGGAAGGAUUAGAUAAAGAGAAAAUAAAUAAAAUUAUAAUGGAAGCCACAAAGGGGUCCAGAUUUUAUGAAAAUGAGCUCAAGAAAGAAAAGCAAGUGAACCAACGAAUUGAAAAUAUGAUGCAACAAAAAGCUCAAAUUACCAGUCAGCAGCUCAGGAAAGCACAAUUACAGGUUGACAGAUUUGCAAUGGAAUUAGAACAGAGCCGGGAUCUGAAUAAUACCAUAGUGCACAUUGACAUGGAUGCUUUCUAUGCAGCUGUAGAAAUGAGAGACAAUCCGGAAUUGAAGGAUAAACCCAUUGCUGUAGGAUCAUCAAGUAUGUUGAGUACUUCAAAUUAUCAUGCAAGGAGGUUUGGAGUUCGUGCAGCCAUGCCAGGAUUUAUUGCUAAAAGACUCUGCCCACAACUUAUUAUAGUGCCACCAAACUUUGACAAAUACCGAGCUGUGAGUAGAGAGGUUAAGGAAAUACUUGCUGAUUAUGAUCCCAAUUUUAUGGCCAUGAGUCUUGAUGAAGCCUACUUGAAUAUAACAAAGCACUUACAGGAAAGACAAAAUUGGCCUGAGGACAAAAGAAAGUAUUUCAUCAAAACAGGGAACUCUCUAGAAAAUGAUAAACCAGGAAAAGAAAUUAAUAAAGCGAGUGAGUGUGAACGAUCCAUGUCUCCACUACUUUUUGAAGAUAGUCCUCCUGAUUUGCAGCCUCCUGGAAAUACUUUCCAAGUAAACACUGAAGAACAAAAUAAUCCUCAAAUACUCCAAAACUCAGUUGUUUUUGGAACAUCAGCUGAAGAAGUGGUAAAGGAAAUUCGUUUCAGAAUCGAGCAAAAAACAACACUGACGGCCAGUGCAGGCAUUGCCCCAAAUACAAUGUUAGCAAAAGUAUGCAGUGAUAAGAAUAAACCAAAUGGACAAUACCAAAUUCUCCCCAACAGACAGGCUGUGAUGGAUUUCAUCAAGGACUUACCCAUUAGAAAGGUUUCUGGAAUCGGAAAAGUUACAGAGAAAAUGUUAAAGGCCCUUGGAAUUACUACUUGUACAGAAAUCUACCAACAGAGGGCAUUACUUUCUCUGCUUUUCUCUGAAACAUCUUGGCAUUAUUUCCUUCAUAUUUCCUUGGGUCUAGGUUCAACACACCUGGCAAGGGAUGCAGAGAGGAAAAGCAUGAGUGUUGAAAGGACAUUCAGUGAGAUAAGUAAAGCAGAAGAACAGUACAGCUUGUGCCAGGAACUUUGCAGUGAACUUGCUCAGGAUCUGCAGAAAGAAGGACUUAAGGGUAGAACUGUUACUAUUAAGCUGAAGAAUGUGAAUUUUGAAGUAAAAACUCGUGCAUCUACAGUUUCAUAUGUUGUUUCUACUGCAGAAGAAAUAUUUGCUAUUGCUAAAGAAUUGCUAAAAACAGAAAUUGAUGCUGAGUUUCCACAGCCCUUGAGAUUAAGACUGAUGGGUGUGCGGCUCUCUAGUUUUCCUAAUGAAGAAGACAAGAAACACCAACAAAGGAGCAUUAUUGAUUUCUUACAGGCUGGAAACCAAACCCUGUCAGCCACUGGGUGUACAGAGAAAAUUGACAAAGAUCAGGUUUUAAAACCUUUGGAAAUAUCUCAUAAGACAAGUUUUUUUGAUAAAAAACGAUCAGAAAGGAAAUGGAACCACCAAGACACACUUAAGUGUGAAACUAUGAGUAGACAAAGUUUACAGACAUCACCAUCAUUCCAAGUUUUAAAGAAGAAGAUGAGUGAGACUUCAGAAACAUCAGAGAAUUCAGAUAAUGGUCAGAUAUUUACCUGUCCUGUUUGCUUUAGGGAGCAAGAAAGCAUCACUCUGGAAGCCUUUAAUAAACAUGUAGAUACAUGUCUUGAUGGACCUUCGAUCAGUGAAAUGUUCUCAUAUUCACAUGCUUCCUCUAUAGAAGUUAACAAAAAAGAAAAUGUACACCAUUCUUUUUCACUCUGUGAGAAGCAGGAUUAUGAAACCCAUCCGAAUAAAGCAGAAAGUGUAGAUGCUUUAAGCAAAGAGGAAUGUUCUAAUCUUCCAAGCAAAUCAUUUAAUAUCGAGCAUUGUCAUCAGAAUUCUUCUUGUACCGUUUCACUGGAAAAUGAAGAUGUUGGGUCAUUAAGAAGGCAAGAACCCCUCCAACCUCAUUUAUGUGAAGUGAUAACAGACCAAGCUCUAGUUUGCCCUGUCUGCAACCUAGAACAAAAGACUUCAGAUCUUACCCUAUUUAAUGUGCAUGUGGAUGUUUGCUUAAAUAAAAGCAUUAUCCAGGAACUGAGAAAGGAUAAUCAAGUUAGCCAACCCAAAGAAAACACCAAAGGUACUGGUAACUCGGGCAGAGUACAGAAGACUGUAACAAAAACAAAAAGGUCAGGAUUGAUGACAAAGUACUCAGCAUCUAAGAAAAUAAAACCAAACAAUCCUAGACACACACUUGAUAUAUUUUUUAAAUGAACAUUGAAUAUUAGUACUUUUUUUAUUGAGACUUGUUUUUUAUAGUAAAUGAACCUGUUUAUCCUCAUUUUAAGUUUACAGAUUCAUUUAGUGAAAGGCCAGUGCAAUAAUCCCUCACCGGCAAUAGUUCUGUUAGAUGAAUUUGGAGUAUAUAUAUUAACUUCUGUAUACCUUUUCGAUAACCAUAGGAAUUUCACUUUGUGUUAGAGAUAUUUUGAAAAUGAAAAAUUAUGAAUGGAAUUAAAAAGUGAUUUCUUAAGUUUUGUGGUCAAUAUAAAAAUAUUUAUAAGAGCUCUCAGAGGUUCACACAAACCUAUUUUAGUAUAAGAUUUUUUUAAUACUUAACCAUUUUUGUUGGUACUGGUCUGCUGUAUUUUAUCUUAGCGUCUUCUACAACUUUGGAUAUUCCUAUUUUAGUUCCUAGUAGCAUUAAUAAGUAAUAUUUAUCAUACAUUCUAUGGAGAAUAUUAGCUUACCAGAAGUACCAUGAGUGGUUUUGUUACCUUUAGGAAAAUAAUAUCACAGUAUUUUCUGUGUUAAAAGAAUUUUGCUUAAAUACGAUUAUUCAUUUGAUUUUUUUUAAUUAAAAUUCCUUUUAUGAAUAGGCACUUGGUUCACUUUAAAAAUUUUUUAGUCUAAGAUUCAAGGUAAUUAUUUUCUUAUCUAGGACUUUUAAGUGGUAGUAUUUCAUUUCUUGGCAAUUAUGUUUGUACUGUACACAAAUCUAUAAACAAGGAUAAAUUGUACACUCACUUUAUUUUUAUAUAACCUUCUAGAGAAAAAUGUGCAAUUCAAAAGAUUAAUGCAUAUUAAAAUAGCUCAUUUAUCGUAGUUAUAUUUCUAUCAUGUUUUUAUUAAUAUUCAAAGAAGACAGCUUAACAGUAAGUAGUUAGCUUAAGUAGUUCCUCCAGAUAAUUUUCUGCUAUCAAUGAGUUUUUAUUAGAAAUAAUUAUUUAAUUGAAACAUGAAAAUGGAAGCCAUUUUAUGACUGCUUUAAAGAACCCGACGUUUUGUUCUCUUAUAUGUUUGUUUUCUCUUUUCCUACUUUUUUUUUAAAUUGAGGUAUAAUUGACAUAUAACAUUAUAUUAGUUUCAGGUUUCAACAUAAUGAUUUUAAUAUUUACAUACCUACUUUUCAUAUUUUAUAGCUCAUAUAAAUGUACAUGGAAAUUCUAUUUUAGGAAUGGCUUACGUUAGGAUCUUGCACAGCCUUGGCCAAAGUGGUAACUUGAUUUUAAAUUACUAGAUGGUUUAAAAUUAGGCUUAAUGUUUAUUAGCAUGCCAGUCUCAUGCCUGAUAUUAUUAUGUACUAAGGUGAAAACAGUGUUGUGCUAUGGUUCUUGAUUGUGUGAUUUACAUAUGUAAAUUCUGUACAAAGUUAAGUUCAAUGAAAAACUGAUUUAAUAUAUUGAAAAGCUGAUAGCACCAUAUUUAAUUUUUUGUAUCUUGCCUCAAGUUUAUUUUUGUGUUUAUUUUGUAUUUUGUGUUUUUGUGUUUGUAUUUUGUGUUUUGUGUUUUCAACAUUAGAGUAAAUACUAAAUUAUUUUCAUUUAGAUGAUUAAUUUAAUGUUAUCAUUUAGUCAUAUUUAAUAAUAAUUUAAAAUAAAAUUCAAAAUAUUUAGUUGACCUUUUAGUCAAUAGAAAUGGUUUCCUUCCUUUUCCUUUCUUUUCCUACCUCUGGUGCUUUCACUUUUAUUUUCUUUGCCAAGCAUUCUCUCCACAUUCUUCUCUUACUGUUUUGUCUAAUACACCCAACUUAUUUUCUUUUUAUUAUCAUUUUGCUUUGGAGCAUUGUUAGAAAAUACAACAAAACUACAAAGAAUAAGCACCUAUAAUGUUACCAGAGGGUCAGAAUAUAAGAAACCACCAGGAUGAAUAUAUUUGUAACACAAAUACCUGGGGAAAAAAUCUAGUAUCCAGAGUACAUAAUCCAAAAUAUAUGUGACUCCAAUGAAUCAGUAAGAAAGAGACAACCAAUAGAAGUUUGGACAAAAGACUUUAAAUGGCACUUCACAUAAAAAGAAAUCCAAAUGGCCAAGAAACAUGAAAACAUUCUCAGUCAUUUUCGUACUAGAAAAUGAAAAGCAAAACCACAGAGGUAUCAUUACAUCUCUAACGGAUUCAUGAAAAUGAAAGUGUCUGAUGAUAUUAAGUUCUGGAGAGGCAGUGGAACGACGUGGACUCUUACUUUGAAAACAAUCACUUUGGAAAAUAGUUUGCCCUUCUUUAGUAAGUUUGAAGAUAUGCACACUCAGCAACCCAGCAAUUGUAUCUCUAAAUAUACACCUUAGUUGGUGGUUUUCCAUAUUUCCUCCCGAUCAGCAGCCUUUCAGUACCCUGCUUCAUGUUAGCAAGGUGCCACUGCAAUGGCAGAGCCACCACAGGAGAUUAGAGGGAGGGAAGAAAGAAGAUGAAGUUGGGUAUUUAUUCCUUCAUGUACCUUAUUGUAGCAUCAUCACGUGCUGGUUAGGUCCCUUGAUCAAAGGUCACAACUCUUGUAGCUAGCCAGUUUCAUACUGCAUUCUCGGCUCUCUCCAAGUUCUGGUAAUCCUUUCCUUCCCUCCGCUCCUCCGCCUACGGGUGGCAACAGAGCCUCGUUCUUGUUAGCCCUGCUCCACUAGCGUUUGUGCUUUCCCCACACCCUGUCCUCACCUGUGCAAAUGGUUCCUUUCUUAAACUCAUCUCUAGUUACAGAAUUUUUUCCUGCCAGAACCCUAACUAAUACAAUGCCUUUGGGAAAACUGUUGAACAUGUUCAAUAGUUAAGAAGCACGAAUGAGAAUGUUCCACACUGUAAUAGCCAAAAAUUGGAAAUGAACCAAAUAUUUAGCAAUGGUGGAAUGGUUAAAUUUUACCAUUGUGUAUUCAAAUAAUAGAAUUCUACACAGUGGUGAAAAUGAAGGAAAUAGCUAAACAGAAUGUGAAUGAACACUGUCACCAAAGGAUGCCAUCAAUAUGAUUCCAUUUAUAUAAAGUUCAAAACAGUUAAAGCGGGGCUAUAUUGUUUUAAGGAUAUAUCCAUAUAAGAUCAAAUGAUAAAGAAAAGUAACUAUGUUAUUGUCAAUAGUUAGAAUAAUGAUUUCCUCUGUGGAAAGGUAGGGGAACAUGAUUGGGGAAUGGCACGUGGAGCUUCUGGGAUGCUGGCCACGUUCUAUGUCUUAUCUUGGGUUGUGAUUGCAUGGAUGUUCACUUUAAAAAUACUCUUCAAACUGUACAUGUAUAUUUUAUACACUUUUGUUCAUAUGUAACCUAUAUCACAAUAAAAACUAAAAAAAAA